CUUCAAGACUAUAGGGGGGGACACCCUCCUCCCCCCACAAAGUAGAGGGCAUCUUGGUGGAGGGGAAAUUUUUGAAUUAAGUAGGAUUUAUAUGUUAUUCAUAAAAGCCCUCCCUGUCUUAGUAGCUGUUCCCAGAACCUAAAUGGUUAAAGUAGAAAAUGUUAGUAAUUUUGCUGCAAAUAAAUUGAUCAGUAUGCAAGACGGUUGUCACCGGCUGAAUCAUGGUCCACAGUUAAGGUAAACAGAUCUGUGAUGACAUUUUCUGAGCAGAAUACCAAUGCUGCUACAUUUCUUCCCAGAGGUUUCUGACACUUCUUAUAUGCGGAUAAAAUUUCUCUCCGAGAAGGUUUUGUUUAGAGGAAAGAAACAGCAUCUUUGCGUGAGACUUCCUUAAAGAAAUGGCAUCAGAUAUUCCUGGCUCGGUGGCCUUGCCAGUGGCACCAAUGGCAAGCGGACAAGUGAGAAUGGCAGGAUCCAUGCCUUCCAGAGGAGGAAAGCGCCGCUCUGGAAUGGACUUCGAUGAUGAAGAUGGGGAGGGACCCAGCAAAUUUUCAAGGUAUGAUGGUGAUCAAAUCUCUGGUGAUAAGGAAAAGUUUGCAAGGGAGAAUCAUAGUGAAAUUGAGAGACGCAGGAGAAAUAAGAUGACACAGUACAUCACCGAACUCUCUGAUAUGGUGCCCACUUGUAGCGCAUUGGCUCGUAAGCCUGACAAGUUGACAAUUCUUCGGAUGGCCGUUUCACACAUGAAAUCAAUGCGGGGCACUGGAAACAAAUCUACUGAUGGAGCUUACAAGCCAUCGUUUCUUACAGAACAGGAACUGAAACAUCUUAUCCUGGAGGCUGCAGAUGGGUUCCUGUUUGUAGUUGCAGCUGAGACGGGAAGAGUGAUCUACGUAUCGGAUUCGGUGACUCCGGUGCUGAACCAGCCACAGUCUGAAUGGUUUGGCAGCACUUUGUACGAACAGGUUCAUCCAGACGACGUGGAAAAGCUGCGAGAGCAACUAUGUACAUCCGAAAACUCUAUGACAGGACGAAUCCUGGACUUGAAGACCGGGACAGUGAAGAAGGAGGGUCAGCAGUCCUCAAUGAGAAUGUGCAUGGGAUCAAGGCGCUCUUUCAUUUGCAGAAUGAGGUGUGGAAAUGCUCCUCUGGAUCAUUUACCUCUGAACAGAAUAACCACCAUGAGAAAAAGAUACAGGAAUGGCCUUGGCCCAGUAAAAGAAGGCGAAGCCCAGUACGCUGUUGUCCAUUGCACUGGCUAUAUCAAGGCUUGGCCACCAGCAGGAAUGACUAUACCAGAAGAAGACACCGAUGUGGGACAAGGUAGUAAAUAUUGCCUCGUGGCAAUAGGAAGGCUUCAGGUAACCAGCUCUCCAGUGUGCAUGGACAUGAACGGCAUGUCGGUCCCCACGGAGUUCUUGUCUAGACACAAUUCUGAUGGAGUCAUCACCUUUGUGGACCCAAGGUGCAUCAGUGUCAUUGGGUACCAGCCCCAGGAUCUUCUGGGGAAAGAUAUUUUAGAGUUCUGCCAUCCUGAAGAUCAAAGCCAUUUGAGAGAGAGUUUCCAACAGGUUGUGAAGCUGAAAGGUCAAGUCCUCUCUGUGAUGUAUCGUUUUCGUACCAAAAACCGGGAAUGGAUGCUGAUCAGAACCAGCAGCUUCACAUUUCAGAAUCCGUAUUCCGAUGAGAUUGAAUACAUCAUCUGCACCAACACUAAUGUGAAACAACUUCAGCAGCAGCAAGCAGAACUCGAAGUACAUCAAAGAGAUGGGCUGUCAUCCUAUGACUUAUCUCAGGUGCCUGUUCCCAGUUUACCAGCUAAUGUUCAUGAGGGUGGAAAGUCUGUGGAGAAACCUGAUGCAAUCUUCUCCCAAGAGAGAGAUCCUAGAUUUGCUGAGAUGUUUGCUGGAAUAACUGCUUCAGAUAAAAAAAUGAUGGCAUCAGCAUCCACAGCAGGAAACCAGCAGCUUUACUCACAGGGAAGCCCAUUUCAGCCAGGACAUUCAGGAAAGACUUUCAGUUCGUCUGUGGUGCAUGUGCCUGGUGUGAACGACAUCCAGUCGUCUUCAUCAACGGGCCAGAAUCUGACACAGAUUUCUCGCCAGCUAAACCAGAGUCAGGUUGCCUGGACAGGAAAUCGCCCACCAUUUCCAGGACAGCAAAUUCCGUCUCAGUCUGGCAAGGCUCAGUCGUCUCCCUUUGGGAUUGGGACCAGUCACACCUACCCGGCGGAUCCAUCCUCGUACAGCCCCCUUUCCAGCCCCGCCACCUCUUCUCCCAGUGGGAAUGCCUACUCCAGCUUAGCAAACCGAAGUGCAGGCUUUGCUGAAGGAGGCCAGAGCAGCGGCCAGUUCCAGGGGAGACCUUCCGAAGUGUGGUCCCAGUGGCAGAGCCAACAUCACAACCAGCAAAGCAGCGACCAGCAUUCGCACCCGCAGCCCAGUCAGACCGAGGUGUUCCAGGACAUGCUGCCAAUGCCGGGAGAUCCGACACAGGGUACUGGCAAUUACAACAUUGAAGAUUUUGCUGACCUGGGCAUGUUUCCACCAUUUUCUGAGUAGCUUGCGAAGCAGAAAUGGAAGUUCUUCUCCAAGGCCAUUUCAGUGUAAUUUUGGCUCUGCUUUUUCUGUGUUGCAUUUCUGUAGAAGCUACUAAACCAGAAGACACAUCUCUCAUGUUUCAGGUAGUGGUGUAGGGCUUGCUUUCUCCUCCUUGGGGUGCGUCAGUGCCGACAGAGGAGCUCCAGCACUUGUUAGUGUUCGUUGACAGCUCCUUUUUUUAUUUGAUUUUAUUGUCCUCUACCUCAGAGAUGAAAAACUUCGCUUGAUUUAAAACAAAAAAAUCUCUGAGUCUUAAAUAUUUGAAUGUGAAUGAUACCUAAUAUUUCCUUUGAAUGGUAAUUUUUAAAUAGAUAAUGAAGUAACAAAGACUAACAGAGAAAAGGUAAGGUAAUGUGUCGUUACAGUGCCUACCGCUCAAUUUCGAUGCCUAUCUUUAAGCUUAAGUUUCUGGAAGCAGACACAGUGUUCUGUUUUCUUUGAUUCUUGUAGUUUUUAGGUCACUUUAAAUGUGAGAUUAAGCAACAUAAUGUAGGCCUCUCUCACCAGAAGAUUCAGCUCCGCCUUUUCUAACUUAAACUUGAAUGUGUGUACAUUUUGGUAUUUUAUGUAUAUCUUGUGCUGUAUGAAGUGAUUUCCUGUAUUGGUUUCUUUUGCCUUUGCAAAGGGUCCAUUCUGGAGUGUACUGAAAAGGUCGAUGAUAUAUGUGGAGGAUUUAGAUAUCGUGGGAGUCUCCAUCUCUUCACAUAGGUGUUCUUAUUUUUAAUUCAGGUGGUUCUCUAUUCAGAACAAACAUUUACUUACAUAAGCUAUUAGUCUGUUUUUGCACUGAAUUGAGGCCUAUAACUCUACACAUUUCUCACUGGCUGCUUUAGUAUCUAUUGUUCUUGCUUUUCCGAAAAAUAUUGCCUCGUAAAAAAUGACUGUAAACACAUCAAAAUUGCAUUUUCUAUAGUAGCUGCAUUUCCUUUCUGUGAAGUACCUUUUUAUACUGUGAAACCUCACAUUUUAACAGUGCAGGGUGGUGGCCUACUACUAGGAAAUCAUUCAAGCUCAUUUGCUUCAAGCAGUGAGAUGGUUUUGUAGUGUAUCAUUUUUUUAGGGUGAGUUGGUAAUAGAUAUCAAUUGGACUAUUGUCCACUGCGUACACAGUGAUAACUUGAAUUUUUGCUUGGAUUCCCAAGCAAUCACUUCUGUUAAACCCUGUUGACCCUAUUCUGUUAUAUAUGGGAUUUUCAGCCACCAAGUAUGUUGAGGACUCUUGACUAUUCUGAAUGCUGCAUGCUUUUCUGCAGAGGUAAGUUAAUCACCUUCCUCUUCAGCAAGUCCCCUACCAUAUGUCUUAAUCAGAAAUGUGGUAGAAAGUUGAUUAUUCAGUAUUUCACAUGCAUGACAAGUUACAGAGGUGGGAUUGUAAGGUCAGCAUUUUUAUCCAGAUGGUUUCUUUUGGGGUGGGAGGAGAAGGAAUCUCCCAUGAAGGACAAGGAGCCCAGAGUUCACACGUGCAGGUCGUUCAUGACUUUGGAUGUUGGAUGGUGGUGACCAGCCUUUGCAGAGGAGGAAAGGGAGCAGCUUCCCUCAGCCUUUGCAUAUUCAGGGGCCAUCACAGAUCUUGAAACAGCAGCCCCCAUCUAGAAGACCUGGAUUUCUGCAGCAGUUCUUAGACCUCCCAGCAGUCAGCUCUGCCUUCUCUUCACUCCUCUUGAAUUGGAGGCUGCACAUCACUGCAGUCCAUCUGGCCAGGAUAAUAGUUGAGAGGCAGGCGGUACCUGUCCUGCAGCCUGCUCUGCCUACGUGGGUUUUGUGCUGACAAGCAACAGAGACAGCUGGGCUGCAGCCAACACGACCCUGGGACGCAGCUUUAGCAGUUGCCCAUGUGGUGGUGGUCCCAUCCAACUCUGCUUCCCCAGCCUUCCCCGAGAACAGCGUGUAGCUUUCAUUAUCCAGCAAGAGUCCUUCCUACUGUUCCUCUCGCUAAAUCUGGGACCAAUCUCUUACCCUAUUUGCAAGUGGGGUUAGGGACUCUUUUUUUACAACAUUUUUUAAUCUCUCUAGAUGCAGCACUGGAGAGGCCUCAGAUCUUCUGGUCUGUACUUGCCUCACCAAAUUCACACUGAGAACAAACAAAAACCUUUCAUCUCUCCCAGAGAUCGGGAAAAUACCUUCUUAGGUGAGCAAGCCGUGCGCUUAUGCGCUAUUAUUUUAAAUUCAUGGAUGUUUAUUCUCUUGGAGCCUUCUCCCUUUCCACUAACACACUUGAACGAGCGGCUGCUCACUGGAUUAGACAGGCAAAGCUCUGCUGUCCCGGAAUGAAAUUCAUUGAUGUCUGUAAAAGGUGGCCAGAUGCUGCGCCAGCUGUGCAAGGCAGUCAGCAUCUGUACAGCAGGGCGAGCGUUUUAAAAGGGGCUGAUCAAGAGGGACUGAGCAGUUUAUGUCUCUGCCCAGAAGACGCUUGACACGAUAAAUGUCAGUUCUUCUAAAAUUUUUAAAAAGCAUUUUUCUGUAAAAUGAAAAGUAAAAAGUGAAUUGAAAAAAUGCUGUUCUUUUGUUUUACCCAACAAACUGCUCAAAGUAUAAUUAUAAUUUACUUUUUCUCCUGAAUUCAAUCUAAAAAUAAAGUUCUUUUAAAUUUUCUCUCUCCCGACAUCAGCGAUGACUUCUUCGGUGUGUCAUGGUUUUUAUACUACUGCAGAAGCCUUGUCACGCACAGAAUUUGGUUGUGCAGCUACAAGUGCACUGUUAGCAGAGUUUCAAGCACAUCUCUCUUUUGUUGUUGUUGUUUUUUGAACACAGUAUUGUAUUUUUGAAGCCAUUACGUCUGAGGCAUCAGAGCACGGGCUGCUGCUCACCUUGUAGACCGCUCCUGCCUUUCUGCUCGGGAAAGGGGGUGGCUGCUCUGUGGGGGAGCGGUCCAGAUAGUGCCAGGUUUGGGUUUUCCCUGUGAGCCGUUACCAUCCCCGUUUCUGUUCACCCAUCCCAGUGCUUCCUUCUUGAUGUUUCCCCCUCUCUCCCAUCCUGUUCCUGGCCAUCCCAUCUCCGCAGCGCGUUCCCACACCCGUGGGGAAGGUGUUGGGUUUGCCGUUCUCGAGCCGGCGAGGAGGGGACGCUUAAUGAGCCAAAAAUUUGGCAACUUUUCUGCUUCUGACCGAGCUAACGAAUAAGUUCAGCCUUUGGUACCGCUGCUGGGCAUCCCGUGCUGCCCUGGCCGUGUCCUGCCGCCGUGUCCGUGGCUUGCUCCUCUCAAACAGCCUCGUCCCACCUCUUGAGGCCAAAAAUCCUGCAUAGUGCUGGCUGUGCUCUCUUUGUCACGUGUUUCGUUACUAAAGCAACCUACUUAUCCUAUAGCUGAAGUUAUAAAGUGCGUUUGGAAUGCUAAUGUUUUUUUAUUAUGUGCCCUUGGUGUAGCUUUGCUGGCACUUUGGCUGCUGGUUUCCAGAAUUUCACAGGUGGUAUAUUUCUCGUAUCUUUUGUGGUUUUUAAGCUGGAAAUGAAGCUGUGAUUUCUGAUCAAACUGUGUUGGAAACACGGUGUUUCUUGAAACUGAAUCUUUUGGUUUUUAAAGUGAUGGAGCAAGGAACUGCUAAGAGUGAUGGUCUGGGCGAGUUAUUUCCAAGAGCGGGCAUGUAGACUGAGAAGAUUUUUAGAUACUAAAAUAUUUAUAUUCAUUUAUUCAGACAAGCAAUCCUGUUUAACAAGAAGGACUCCAUCACAUCACUUGUUGUAAGUGCUACUGGCAGUACCUAUGGUGAUGCUUUAACCAGAUAGUUCCAUUUGUAGCUUUGUUGCCUUUUCUCUUCUUUUGAAGUACAGUAUGAAACUGUAAAUACUUCUUGCAGUACUGCCUUUUUAACUCUUAAUUACUUUUGGCACAGUGUUAAAUAGUGUUGGAUUUACCCAAUUGCUAUGACAUAUAUUUUUAUACAUAGGUGUACUCUUUUUUCGAGAGUAAUACAGCCAUUUUGUCAUUAAUGCCUUAUCAGUGUCAUACUGCUGUUGCUCUUUGUUUGCAAGGUAUCGAGUGGACUAAUUUCUAGUUCAGAUAUUUUCCCUUUUCCUGGCAGUUGCUCAAGUUUGGUUUCAGGUGAUUUUUGCCAGAAUUCUAUUUUUCACAGUGGUUCGCUGUGAGAAGAGGAGAAUGUGGGCUUGGUUUUGUUUCUAUUAAUGGAGCAAAGAAAUGGUGAUGGCAUCUAAUUGUCUUUAAAAGGUCGGUCUUUUCCUACUGUAAACCAGAGUGCAUUUCAUGGAACUGAUGACUGUGGGCGCUGCUUACUUUGUGUAGAUUAAUGUUCUUUAAAAAGGGGGGAAAAAGGGUGUGGGGGGGUAGAAAUGAAAUUUAAAAAAUUUUAAAAAGAAAAGAACUGCAAAAAUGGGCUUCUGUCAUUGUUAGGCACUUGGUUACUUAUCUGUUUAAACUCUUCAUAUUGAUGUGAAAUUGUGCUGUGGAUAAAGUGUAUUUUGUACUUCUGAAUGUUCUAUAUUUAUGACUAACAAGUACAGAAUCAGUUGUGUGUAUGUAUAACUAAUAACUGCCUUUUUAAAUUUCAUUAAAAUAAAAAUGUCAUGAGCUGUUGUUAA